GUUAAAACGCUUUGGUAAUUACACAGAUAAUUCACCUGACGUCUCUUUAAAGCUGCUGAGUUUGAAUUUACCAACGACACAUAUACAAAUUUACCGGUGAAACUACUGCGCUGCUGAGUUUGAAUUUACCAACGACACAUAUACAAAUUUACCGGUGAAACUACUGCGCUGCUGAGUUUGAAUUAACCAACGACACUCAGAUCAAUUCUUCAUUAUAACGGACUCGGUGACACCAGUCGAAGUCCAGUACCAGAACAGGUGUCUCCAACUCUCCACAGAUUACAACCCUGCCAGGACUUGGAGACCAAUAUCAACAUUUGAUUUAAUCCCUAACUGAUAAGCAAACUGGUUUAAAGGCUUCAAUCAAGACGAGAUUGUCAAACUGAGAGUAUGUUUCUCGGACCAGCCACAGGAUACGUUCCAGUUCACCAUAGGACAGUCAGAUAAAGUACUUACUUUGCCUUACAGUUAAUGAUAUCGUACUUUAAUUACUUGGCUUUACGGAUUUUGUGGAACAGCUCUUCUAUGAUUUUUGAUUUUUAAAAUUGUCCAUCAUGUGUGGCCUAUUUACUAUGCUGUAUACAGUACUGUUUGUGAAUCGAGAAACAGAAAGAACCAAAAUGGUCGGCAUGGAAACAAGUGACAUGACUCCAGCUAAGAGCAUUAACAUCAUAGUAUAUGCAGUGUUUGGCAUAUACAUGCUGAUCCAGUGUUUUCUCAGGAACAUCAACCUGACAAGCAGAACGGUUGUCAUGGUGACACUGAAUUGUGUUUUCUUACAAAUGUUGACCUUUUACCUCAAACCUGACCUCUGGGGAAGUUUGUUACUCAUUGGAUACCUCACAGUGGCAGUAAAAUGGCUGCCGAGGAGGAAGCUGUCCCCCAGGAGAAAGGCUGUUCUCAUCACAGGUUGUGACCGAGGAAUUGGCUUCAGUUUGGCCCAACAUUUGGACAGCCAAGGAUUCCAUGUAUUUGCCAGUUUCCUCAACAACAAAGGUCAGGAACAACAGGAACUUGUAAAAAAAUGUUCAAAUCGUCUACACACCAUACAGAUGGAUGUGAGCAGUGUUCAGCAGGUGGAGGCCGCAGCAAAUCACGUAGCUACUGAGGUCAGAGGUCAAGGAUUGGAAUUCUGGGGAAUCAUCAACAAUGCUGGGAUCUGUUUCAUAGGAAAUGUCGAGAUAAUGGCUACUGAGGAUAUGAACAAAGUCAUGGCCAUCAACUACUUUGGUCCUGUGAACGUUUGUAAGGCAUUCCUUCCACUACUACGUCAGUAUCGGGGUCGACUCAUCAAUGUCGCUAGCAAUGCAGGUUUGGUCCCCGUGCCCCUGAUGGGCGUGUACUGUGCCUCUAAGGCAGCCCUAGCCACAAUGUCUGAGGUGUGGAGGUAUGAAUUACAACGAUGGGGAAUCAAGGUUGCUACAGUGAUACCCAGUGGCUACAAGACCGGUAUACUGGCCUACGAUAAAGCAGCCGUGGCUGAUCGCUGGUGGUCCAAGGCCAGUGAUACCGUCCAAAGGGACUACGGCAGGGAAUGUUUUAACAUCAAAUUUAAACAGAAAAAUCCACAAGAUAUGCUGAGUGCGAAUUUCGCGGAGAUCCUGAACAACAUUACGGAUGCCCUCCUAUCUGCAUACCCUAAAUCGUACUACUAUAACGGUUUCCUGGCUCGCUCCCUUCCCUUCCUGUACCUACAUCUACCAACCUUCAUCAGCGACCCCAUCAUGUCUGUCCUCACUGACUGGUUCGACUUCAAACCAAAUUCAGUCACGUAACACUUGUUUGGUAUUUGGUACAAUAUAUGUGAUUGGAGACUUGUUUGAUGUGCUCAAUGGCUAGUGUAACUUUCACACACACGAUACUGGUUCACAGAUUUGUUUUUUGUUGAUAUUUAUUUUCAAUGUUCACAGAUUUUAUUUUUGAUGUCUACAAUAACAAUAACUUUAAGUAGAAUUCAAUCUGAUUGAGUGGUGCUGUAGAUUUGUGUUACUAGUGUUGUUUGAGUGGUGUUACUAGUGUUGUUUGAGUGGUGUUACUAGUGUUGUUUGAGUGGUGUUACUAGUGUUGUUUGAGUGGUGUUGAAGAUUUGUGUGAUUAGUGUUGUUUGACUGUUGCUGAAGAUUUGUGUCACUAGUGUUGUUUGAGUGUUGCUGUAGAUUUUAGUUAUUAGUGUUGUUUGAGUGUUGUAGAUUUGUGUUAUUAGUGUUGUUUGAGUGGUGUUGUAGAUUUGUGUUAUUAGUGUUGUUUGAGUGUUGCUGAAGAUUUGUGUUAUUAGUGUUGUUUGAGUGUUGUAGAUUUGUGUUAUUAGUGUUGUUAUUUAUAUCAGAUUUAUUGUUGUGUGUUGUACAUGUAACAGCUAGUACUAUAUACACUAUGACUUGUUGAAAUAUCAGAUCAGAAACUACAACUUUUAGUGCUGCAACGAUAUGCUUCCCUCAUGAUACAAUAGGUAUUGUGAUAUUUAUCUCAUGAUACAACACAUAUCACAAUACAUUUAUUUUGCAAAUAAUAAAAUAUACUGCUGUUAAGUAAAAUUACCAACACAUUUAAUUCCAUUGUCCUGUAAUAUAAUAAGCCCACCUUCAUCUACUGCUGUUCAGUAAAAUUAGAUAUGUAAUUUCAUUGUCCAGUAUGUAAUAAGCCUAUCUACAUCUGCUGCUGUUCUGAAAAAUUAACAGAUGCUUAAGCCCAUCUACAUUGACUGCUGUUUAGUAAAAUUACCAACACAUAUAAUUUCUUCGUUCUGUAAUAUUCCCGUUCACACAUCUAUUGCAUUUCAGUAAAAAUGCUUAUUUUCUUGAAAUAAGCCCUAUCCUUAUUUUGAGUCAAUUUAGGCCCAAUGGGCUUUUUACAGGAUAAAUACAGUUCUGUCAAUAUAGGUAGACUAUGGCUCUGAUUAGUUACUGCAUACCUGGUAAUUUUCGCCCCCGUUUAAUUUUUGCCAUUUUCGCCCUUUGAUGAUAGGGCGAAUUUAAGAUGGCGGCGAAAAUUUCAAGCUCAAUUGCAGGAUUUACACGUUAUCGUACAUAAUUUUAGUCAGAUCCAAAACAUACCCUCGUACUUUUCAAGUGUGUUUUAUUCUAUACAAUUACAAGCAACACGUGUUAUAUAUUUACACUAAAUUUAUAAAACAAUUUAUCUUUUUAAUACAAUCUAUGCAUGUGAAAUAAAAUCUUGAUCUUAAUCUACAUGUAGGUCUAGUAAAUAUGCAAUGUCAAGUUGAGUUAAAUCGAGAAUUGAGCUGAUAGCGUAUUGGUUUAGUAUAUUUGAUUUAAUAAAACUUUAAUAGUAAGUAACUUUUAAAAUUCAGUCAUUUUUUUAAACGAUGCACAUAAAAUAGCAUCAAAUUCUUGCCAUUGUAAAGACUGAUUUUAUGAGUUCAUCGUCGCUUGUGGCUUCUAUCGAUGACAAAUUAAAUGAACAAGAGAAAACACUGGUCAGUAGUUAGUCACGGCACGGUGAACUUACCACUCAUCGUGUUUGCUUAAAAUCAACCAUGCAUACCUGAUACUAUUUGAAUCUAUAUAGGCUAAAAGUAGAUCUGAACACAGGUAAACGUUGUUUAUUUCACACCUGAUUACAUUUCACACUUCAGCAGGAUAUGCAAAUAAAAUGGGGGAAUUGGAUAAAUCCUGAAUGUUCCGAGUGCAAGUGUAUAGAGAAUUCCGAAUGGAAUUUUCCGAUUGUAAAUGAGGAAAAGUCAUUUCUUAAAAAGUAGUUUAGGGCGAAAUUAAAAUGGGGCGAAUAUCUUUUGUGUUGCUCAAGGGCGAAAAUAACCUGGGGAGAAAAAUACCAGGUAUACAGUUAUUGUCUUAUAUUGUUGUUUGAUGUUAUGUGUGUUAUUAAUAUGUUUUCAUCAGAGAUGAAACGUCUGUGAUAUAUUUAAUUUGUUGUAAUAUUAUGGUAAUUCUAAUGAUACUGUAAGUAUAUUUUGAUUUAAAAUCUAUUUUUGUGAUAAUAAAUUGUCUUUGUUGA